CGAAACGGUAUGUUUUGAUUCCUGAGCUGACUCGUAUCAGCUGCUCAUGCCCAGUCAUGAUCCUCCGGAGCGGUAGAGGGCGCUGCGGCUGCUCUUCGGGUUUCCGUGACAUUUCCUGCUAAGCUGCGCGGAGCUCUGAGAGGAUGUUCUCGGUUCUGAAGGAGCGGGUCGGGGAGAUUCUGCUCCCCGGAGAUGAGUUCUGCUGCGGCCCCCAAGACACCCUCCCUCUGACUGACAGCGGGAAGUCAGAGCGGCUGCUGGCCGGGCCGGGGCUGCGGCGGAGCGGCGACCGUCUGCUGGUGAGCCGGAGCGGCGUGCUGAGACACAAGGAGCCCAACAAGUUCUGGAUCGAGUCCCAGCAGAGGAGGUAUGUCCCGGCCAAAGGAGAGACGGUGAUCGGCAUCGUCACGGCAAAGUCCGGCGAUGUUUUCAAGGUGGACAUAGGAGGAAGUGAGGCGGCGUCUCUGUCCUACCUGGCCUUUGAAGGCGCCACCAAGAGGAACCGACCCAACGUCCAGGUGGGCGAUCUGCUGUUGGCCCAGUUGGUCGUAGCCAAUAAGGACAUGGAACCGGAGCUGGUCUGCAUCGACGGGUCGGGCCGGGCCAACGGGAUGGGCGUGUUCGGAACCGGAGGGUUGCUCAUCAAGGUGUCUCUGGGCCUGGUCCGAAGGCUCCUGGCGCCCCGCGGCAACCUCCGGGCCGACCUGGAGCAGCUGUUCCCCUGCGAGCUGGCGGUGGGGAUGAACGGCCGGGUCUGGGUCCGGGCCGGCACCGUCCAGCAGACUCUGGUUCUGGCCAACCUGCUCCAGAGCUGCGACGUCAUGACGGCGCCGCAGCGCCAGCAGCUGUUCCGGCGCCUCCAGCAGGGGGCGUUCUGAUUGGCUCAGAGCGGCAGCCAAUCACAGCCCUGCUGGGCCACUUACUGGUUCUGAUAGGUUCUGUUCAGAUCGGGUUCUUUGAUGACCGGAAGAGCCGACCCGCAUCAUGUUUGGAUCAGAACCAUGUGACUCGUCUCCAUGGCGACAGAGAAAAACACUUGCAGCUAAAGUUCUUGCAGGAACCCAGUUCGAUCUGCGCCGGUCACACCACCCGGUUCUGGUCACGUGACCCGUUACCAUGGAGACCAGCAGCUGGUUUGUUUUUAAAUCGGUGAAUAUUUCUAAUAAAUGGAUUUAUUUUUAUCUGUGAA